AUGCAGGAGUCGCUGUGGGUGCAGCAGCUGGCGGAGGAGCAGAAGCGCCAGGCCAGGGAGCAGCUCAUUGCAAAGAGAAUGGCCAAGAUGCCACAGAUGAUUGAGAACUGGCUGCGGCAGCAGCAGGAGCGCAGGGAAAAGGAGCAGGCCGACAAGGAGCGGCGGGCCCGACUGCAGGCUGAGGCCCAGGAAGACCUGGGCUACCAUGUGGACCCGAGGAGUGUCCGCUUCCAGGAGCUGCUACAGGACCUGGAGAAGCAGCAGCGCAAACGCCUCAAGGAGGAGAAACAAAGACAGAAGAAGGAGGCACGAGCUGCUGCACUGGCUGCUGCUGCGGCCCAAGACUCCGAAGCCUUGGUGGCACACAGUUCCUGAGCUAGCCUCUCCCAAUAAAAUCUGCUGCCCGAC